CUCCGCCGCGCGCGAGCCCCCGCAGCAGCAGCUGCUGCAGGCCGCCCCGCGACCCCCUGCGCGCCAGACACCCCCCCCUUGUGGGGGGCGCGCGUCUAUAUCCAGCGCCCCGCGCUCGCCAUCUUCUUCAUGGAGGCCGCCGGCGGAGCUCCCAGCGCAGCGUGCGGGCGCGAGGACCUGGCAGCGGACAGCGGCGCAGAGCUCGUGGACCGUGCUGCACGGCCCACGCGCCACCCUCGACCAGCGCUGGUGGCGGGCGCGCGCGGGGCCCUGGCUAUGCUCUUGGUGCUCGCGGCGGCGGCGGCGCUGGCGGCGACGUCGGGCAGAGGUGACCGCCGCACCAAGGGCGCAUCUGCAGCCCUGCAACCGCGGGCUUCGCUGACAGCCGUGCAGCGGAAGGUUGAGUUCUUGGAGGCCGUCCCCAGCGCUGGCGCGUCCGGCGGUGGCGCGUGGCUGCCAGGCCCGAGCGCGGAUCCGGCGGACCCGGCGGCUCCUGUGGCCCAGCCGCGCCAGGCGACCUCACCGCCACUGGUGGCCCCUGGCGCGGCAGCCGCCAGCGCCGAGGCGGCCGGCUACGCGGCUGGAGCGGCUGUCGAGGCCGUGGCUCUCCCGCAGCAGCCGCCUGCGCCGUACGCGCCCGCCCUAGCACCGGCGAGGUGUGGCCUUGUGCAGGAUGAGACCGAGUACCCAGGCAACGAUCUGAGGUCAGUCCUGAACGUCACCAGUGCCGAGUCCUGCUGCCAAGAGUGCACGGUCGACCCGAACUGCGUCGCCUGGACGUGGGGCAGCAGGCGCGGCGAGGCGUACUCGGACGGCUGCUUCCUCAAGGGCGGCCACCCGCGCGGGCAGCUCACCCGGGUGAAGAACGCCGCCUUCACGUCGGGGGAGCCCACCCAGGCGCGGCAGACGGUGGCGCUGAUAGAGCGGGCCGUGGGCCAGUCCUUGCUUUGUUUCUCGCUGAUGAUGCCGUACAGCUACGAGCAGGGGCUCCUCGCAGCACAGUACGACAUGGGCGAGAGCAUCUUCGGUUGCGACGCGUACGCCGUGUACUCCAACGCCACCCUGCUGGUUGCUCCUGGCGUGUACAGCACGCGCGUCGACCACAAUUUGUCUUGCACCACAGGGGGCGAGUUCAAGACCGCUCUCAACCUCGACAUCUUCUUGGCAGUCUGGAGCAAGGUCGUCGAAGAUGGCGUCUUCUCCUUCCACGACUGGACUGUAAAGGUGGACCCGGACUGCGUCUUCUUCCCCGCGCGUUUGCGGGCGAGUCUCUGGGUGCACAAGGAGGCCUCGCAGGGUACUUACCUCAACAACUGCAAGAUGGGCAUGCACGGCCCUCUGGAGGUGUUUUCGCGCAACGCGGUGCUGGCGUGGGUGAAGGGCAGCCAGCACUGCGUCGAGCACUUCAACGAGCUCUGCUCGGGGGACUGCCUGUGGGGCGAGGACAUGUUCAUCGACCAGUGUUUGUCGAAGGUGCUCCACGUGAAGAGGGAGGACGAGCCAGCGCUCCUCUUGGAGGAUCACUGUGACCCCCCGCCAGGUUGGAGGUCGUGCUCGGAGGUCCACACGGUCGCCUUCCACCCUUUCAAGGUGCUCGACGAGUACAGGGAGUGCGUCGGGGCCGCCAGGGACGCCUUGGACUCGACGUGAGGCGGCGCGUUUGGACUCUGGCCGCCGUGCGGGAGGCAGGGGGCCCGGUCACCCCCCUUUUGGUGGAUCCCUGCCCUCGCCGCGCGGCGCACCUGGCCUCUGCAUAUCCUCUGAGGCACGCACGGUCCCUUCGGGUCGGCGCUGGCCCCCUCUGGCGGCGCCUCUGGCGCUGGCCCGGGAGGUCCGCGAGAACAUCCGAGGGUUGCUGUCUGCGCCGCGUUCUGGCACGGCUCGACGAAGUCGAUUCCAGCUCCGUGCCGGUGCGGCCCGAUCCGACGAACCUUUCGUUCCG